AUGUAUGGAAGCUGCCUUUUAGAGAAAGAAGCGGGCAUGUACCCGGGCACUUUCAGGAGCUCUGGCGGGGGCGGCACCGCCGGAGCGAGCGGCACUGGCGCCAGUGGGAGUCCGCUGCCAGCCUCCAACUUUGCUGCGGCCCCGACUUAUGCGCACUACAUGGGGUAUCCCCAUUUGCCCAGCAUGGAUCCUCCUGGGCCGUCGCUGGGGGCCUGGGGCUCACCCUAUAGUCCACCCAAGGAAGAAUGGAGCGCGUACCCCGGGCCGUCCAGCACAAUGGGCACAGUGCCCAUGAACGACAUGACCUCGAGCCUUACCGCUUUCGGCUCGCAGGACUACAGCAACCUGGACCCCCCAGGCGGCGGCAGCAGCGGCGGCAGCUUGCCAGCCCCGGCCGGCGGGUCACUGGUCCCCAUUGACUUGGGCACCGCCGACUCCAGUUCUCCCACCAGGAGCCGCCACAGCCCCUAUGCAUGGAUGCGUAAGACCGUGCAGGUGACCGGGAAAACCAGGACAAAAGAAAAGUAUCGUGUCGUUUACACAGAUCAUCAAAGGUUGGAGCUGGAAAAGGAAUUUCACUGUAAUAGAUAUAUCACCAUCCGAAGAAAAUCAGAGCUGGCAGUUAACCUGGGCCUUUCUGAGAGACAGGUGAAAAUCUGGUUUCAAAAUCGCAGAGCCAAAGAGAGAAAGAUGAUCAAAAAGAAAAUCUCCCAGUUUGAGAACAGUGGAGGCUCUGUACAAAGUGACUCUGGCUCCAUCAGCCCUGGGGAACUGCCUAACGCUUUUUUCACCACCCCAUCUGCUGUCCAUGAAUUUCAGCCUAUUGAGAUACAGCAGGUCAUAGUCUCUGAAUGA